CGACUCUACCAUCACCGACCGCCUCGUCACUUCAUAAUUUCCAUCACUCUUACGUACACAUAACGUCUACCAUCACUGACCACCUCGUCCCUUCAUAAUUUCCAUCACUCUUCAACUCUUUAUUCGUUUUCUCCCAAAACUUCUUCUAUUCAAACGUGAAACAACAACAACUAGAAUGAAAAAGCAAGCGCUCAAGAGCGGGAGCCGGCCGCCGUGGGUGGGCUUAGCGGCCGCUGUGUGGGUGGAAAUGUCGGCUGGGAAUGCUUACAACUUCCCUUUGUACUCUUCUAAAUUGAAAUCUGUGAUGGGGUUUAAUCAGCAACAAGUUACAAUCUUGGGGGUGGCGAAUGAUAUUGGUGAGAAUGUGGGGCUGCUUCCUGGGAUAGCUUGCAACAAGUUCCCACCUUGGGCUGUUCUUCUGGUUGGUGUUGUGUUUUGUUUCUUGGGUUAUGGUGUUCUUUGGCUUGCAGUUAGUCAGACUGUCAGUGGCAUGCCUUACUGGCUGUUAUUUCUUGCACUCGUUAUUGGCACUAACAGCAAUGCAUGGUUUGGGACAGCAGUGCUAGUAACAAACAUGAGGAAUUUCCCCCUUAGUAGGGGCACUGUUGCUGGUAUCCUCAAAGGUUAUGUUGGGAUUAGUGCUGCAGUUUAUACUGCAUUGUACAGUAUGGUACUUAAAGAAUCUGCAACAAGACUUUUACUGUUCCUGACACUUGGAAUUCCUGUUAUAUGUUUGGUUAUGAUGUAUUUAAUCCGGGCUUGCACACCAGCUUCUGGAGAAGAUUCUUCAGUGCAUGCCCAUUUUAUUUUUACCCAAGCAGCAAGCGUUAUUUUUGCCAUCUAUGUCACUGUAAUUUCAAUAACAAGUGAUGUGGUUUCUCUGAGCGAGACUGUUUCAUACAUAUUAAUUGCCAUAAUGGUUGUCAUUAUGAUGUCUCCCCUUGGGAUUCCUAUCAAAAUGACCUUUUUCCCUGUUAACACCAAUAAAUCUACACCAGCUGGUUCUUCAGAUGAUUUGGUUCGACAAGGGGGUGAUUCAACCCAGACAGAUCCUUUGUUGACACCAUCUUCAUCUGCUACAUCCCUUGAUACUGAGGAUGAUGUCUCAGAUAUUGAGACACUACUUGCUGUUGGAGAGGGAGCAGUGAAGAAGAAACGGAGACCAAGGAGGGGGGAGGAUUUUAAGUUACAUGAAGCAUUUAUCAAGGCUGAUUUCUGGCUUCUUUGGGUUGUAUACUUUCUUGGGGUUGGAUCUGGAGUUACAGUUCUCAACAAUUUGGCUCAAAUCGGUAUUGCAUUGGGAGUCGAUGAUACUACAACAUUGUUGUGUGUCUUCAGCUUGUGUAAUUUUGCUGGACGUCUUGGCUCGGGUGCUGUUUCUGAACACUUUGUCAGAUCUAACACAAUUCCACGGACAGUUUGGAUUACAAUCACGCACUUAAUCAUGGUCCUCACAUUCCUCCUGUAUGCAUCAGCUCUCAAUGGUACUCUGUAUGCUGCAACUGCACUGCUUGGACUCUGCUACGGAAUUAUAUACUCUUUGAUGGUUCCAACGGCCUCAGAGCUUUUCGGCUUGAAACAUUUUGGUAUAAUUUAUAACUUUAUUCUGCUGGGAAAUCCAAUUGGUGCACUUCUUUUCUCCGCCAUUCUUGCUGCUUAUAUUUAUGAUGCAGAAGCAUCCAGGCAAGGAAGUUCGACCUGCUUAGGUGCUGAGUGCUUCAGGCUCACCUUCCUGAUUCUAGCCGGCGUCUGUGGACUAGGAACCAUCUUGAGCACAAUUUUGACCAUUCGAAUACGACCAGUUUACCAAAUGCUGUAUGGUGGGGGUUCUUUUCGUCUGCCUCAAACUUCAGGCCAUUGAUUAUUGCUAGUUAUUUUUAUCAUCAAAUAGAGGCAUGGGCAUUUUGUUGGAAGUGCCUGCAUUAGCCAUAUACAUAGCUACAUUAUGUAUAGUACAAUUUUGCCUGAGCUUGAAUACUUGUAAGUUGUUGUAACUUCUUAAAACAAUUGUCAAGCUUCAAGAUAUAUAGCGAAAGAUGAUGUAUUAGCCCGUAAGGAAUGCUGUAUUUCUUCUAUAAUCGUACCUGAAGAUGCUGUAUUUUAAUCAGGUGAAUGCCUGGUUCUGAUCAAGGAACAUUUGUAAUAUUGAGAACUCUCUGUGAUUAGUCAAUAAAUUUGAGCUUCCCUUUAUCAUUA